AUGGAGACUUCACUACCUAAAUUAUCACUUGAACCUCGUUUAGGAUCUGCACCAUUUGACGUACUAGAACCCGAAGGCACUGAAAUAUACAACCCUAAGUCAACUCCUAGUGAUAACCUUAGAGAGCAGGUCC